AUGGUUUUAUAUUUAAUCUUUUUCCAGGUUAUUCAAAGAAUAUUUUACAUAGUGAAUAGAUCGUGGUCUGGAAAAAUAUCAUUAAUAGAGCUGAGGAAAAGCAACUUUCUACAAACUCUAGCCCUCUUAGAAGAAGAGGAAGACAUUAAUCAAAUCACUGAUUAUUUUUCCUAUGAGCACUUCUAUGUUAUUUAUUGUAAAUUCUGGGAAUUGGACACUGAUCAUGAUCUCUAUAUCAAUCAGAGUGAUUUGGCUAGAUACAAUGAUCAAGCUUUGUCAAACAGAAUUAUAGAAAGAAUAUUCACUGGAGCUGUUCUUAGAGGAAGUCAAGAACAAAAAGAAAACCAGAUGAGCUAUGCAGACUUUGUGUGGUUUCUGAUCUCGGAAGAAGACAAAAGAUGUCUCACAAGUAUUGAAUACUGGUUCCGAUGCAUGGAUUUAGAUGGGGAUGGCACACUAUCAAUGUAUGAACUUGAAUAUUUUUAUGAGGAACAGUGUGAGAGGAUGGAAUCCAUGGGCAUUGAGCCGUUGCCCUUCCAUGACUUAUUGUGCCAAAUGCUUGAUCUAGUAAAACCAGAAUAUGAGGGAAGAAUUACUCUAGGAGAUUUGAAGAGAUGUAGAAUGGCUCAUGUAUUUUAUAAUACUUUCUUUAACCUUGAAAAGUAUCUGGACAACGAACAACGGGAUCCCUUUGCUGUGCAAAAGGAUAUUGAAAAUGAUAGUCCAGAACCCUCUGAUUGGGACAGAUAUGCUGCUGAGGAAUAUGAAAUUCUUGUAGCUGAGGAGUCUGGCAGUGUACAGUUACAAGAAGGUUCCUUUGAAGAUGAUUAUGAAACAGAUGAACUCUUAUCUAUGUCUGAAAUUGAAGAAAAGUCAGAUAAUUUAGUUGUUUCGCAUGUUUCAGCAUAAAAAUAGAGAUUUGUCCUCAAAGUCUACCAUCAUUAAACACAAGUCUUCAGUUCUUACAUUCGAAGAAACAAUAAUGUUAUUUGACGAAGUACCAACAUCUGAAACAAAAUCAUAAUUAUACAAGAUAUACUAUUUGUUUCUCUAAUGUGAUAAUUUUCCUAACUAUUGGGGUAUGCAUAGAAUUUGUGCAGACAUUCAUGGAACCUGUGAGGAAACAAUGAAGACUGGAUAAAGGUGAAAAGCUUCAUAUUUAUAUAUAAAAAAGAAUUUAAGACAAUCAAUAAAUACUUGAGGAUUUUUUUUUCCAUUUUGGAUUAUUCCUCCUCCUUUUUUUAUUUAGAAGCUAUAUUCAGUUUUUUUCUUGUUUUACAAUAUAAUUGUAUAGUAAUGUUCAGUUUUUUGAUGUAUCAGAAGUACCUGUCAGUUUCUAGAGUAUUUCUAGCUCACUGCAGAUAAUUAUUUGCAUUAUAGAAUACUGAAUGAUGAUAACUUACUAUGAAAUUUUCAAGAGUUUAUUUAAAUCUAGUAUCAAGUCCAUGUUUCUUUGGUUUAAAGUAUAAUAGAAAAAAGAGAUGGCCCAUUUGUUUUCAUGGUUAUUCUUCAUGGGAAUUUUUUCUUUUAAUAGAAUAACAGAAUUAUUCUGUAAUUUUAUUAAAUUCUUCUUUAAAAAGCAUUAAUACCUUAAUAAAUGCAACAAUCCCCCUCCAUAAAAGAGAAAUUGGUAUAUGUUUUCCAAACUUAAUCGAAGACAUGAAUGAUCCAAAAUUCAUAGCUGGUAGGAAGUCCCACCAGAUUGAAGUGUAGAAAAUGAGAAUCAAUUGAAAGUGAGUACAAAACUCUUUCAAGAAUAAACAAAAAUCAGGUAAAAAAUAAUAUUUACAAGAUAGGUCCUAGAAGAUGCAGGUAAUAUCUUAUUCCCUUACCCAUUCUUUUGAAUCUUGUUCUUCAAAAAAGAAUUUAAAGCUAAAAGGUAAUAUCCAUUUUAUAAAGGAAACAUUUACAAUAAAUUGGUCACGUGGUUCUAAGUGGCAUAAAAUUGACUUCCUCGUGAGGCAGUAUGUUCCCCUUCAGUGAUGGUCUUCAAAUGAAGACUGCAUGAUCACCUGUUGAAAAUGUUUUGGCAAGUUCAGCAGUGAAUAGAAGACUGGACUUUCAUUCAGAGGUGCUUUCAUUUUAUGAUUCUGUUAUAAAACAAUACCAUGGUGACAAUAGAUACAAUCUGUUUAGAAGUGACAAUGAAGAUAAUUGAAGUGAUAGAAGAUGUAAAUGCUGUGAAAGAGGGAAGGAAAUAAGAUACCAGCAGCAAGAUAAAUGGACUUAGUUACAGUAGUGAUAGGUGCAUUAUUGGAAGACCUAAUGGAGCAGAGGACAAGAUCAUCAUGGAAAAAUCUAGGUGGUAUCCAAGAGUUGACAAAAACUUGAUGGUGUAUAAUCUUCCAAUUAUCCAAUCAACAUACACUAACAUUACACGCAACAAACAUAAUACUGUAAUUUAAUGUUGUGGAUAAGCAAUUGUUCCUGUUGAUGAAAUGAUUCAUAUCAGAAAAUAUGAUAGUCUACAACAAACACACUUUAAGUGAUAUUAUAUGUGAAUUAUAAAUGAGAAGACUUUUUGUGAAAAGACCUUUUUGUUCAGUCCUGCAAGUUAGUUUUUUAAUUGAUGUUUUUCAAAGGCACCUGUUCACCACCACUAGCUGUUUGAAAAUGCUUUUGCAGCAGAUUUUAACGUCAAUGUGUAUAAGGAUUUUUCUGUAUUCUGAAGGGAUUAGUGAUAAAUUUUUGUCCAUUUCUCAUGUGAUGGUGAAACAGCUUAAGCUCAAUUUCAUUUGAAAGACAUUUUUUUGCAUUUAUUUUUAAAGUACUGUUUUAAUUUAAGUGAUUGAAUAUGAGCAUAUUUUGGGUAAAUUGAACAAGUUAGGGAUUAUAAUGUUCAAUUCCUAAGUGCUUAGCUUCUUUCUGAUAAUGAUUGUGCAUUGUAAAAAUACACUAAAAGAGUUUAUUUUUCCUAUGUGUGUGAAUCUUUGUAUAUAUAUCAUAUCUUGGGAAUUCUGGGUAGAAAGGUGGUGGUGAUGAUACUGUAGUAGCAGCAUUAUAGUCAGUCUAACUUAUCCUUUACACUUUAACUUGCAUGCUAAAAGUUUGAAGUAGAGUUGAGCUUCAGGAUUCCAUUUAAAUGGCAUGAGACAACUGUGAAUAGAGUCAAUAUUAGUAUUUAUCUAGUUAAUUGAUGUAGAAUAUGAUUCUCAUGUUGUCAAUGAAAGUUUUGUCUCAUAG